AUGGAACCACUACUGGGAGUAAAAAUUGGCUGCGUGUUUGCCCUGCUGGUUCUCACUCUGAUCUGUGGCCUUAUUCCCAUCUGCUUCAAAUGGUUCCAGCUGGAUGCAGCCACAGGUCGUCACCGCCGGGUCCUCAGCCUCCUGGGCUGCACUUCUGCAGGUGUUUUCCUGGGAGCAGGGUUCAUGCACAUGACUGCUGAUGCCCUGGAGGGAAUUGAAUCAGAGAUCCAGAAGUUUAUGAUGCAGAACAGGACAAAAAGGGAGGGAAGUGUUUCUGAUGAUGCCGAUUCAGCACAGAUGGAGUAUCCCUAUGGAGAGCUCAUCAUCUCCCUGGGCUUCUUCUUUGUCUUCCUUUUGGAGUCGCUGGCAUUGCAGUGCUAUCCUGGGGCUGCUGAAGGGGUCACAGUGCAGGAGGAGUGGGACGGGGCUCACGUCCUUGGACUCCACAGCCAUGGACCUCUCCCCUCCCCCUCAAAGGGUCCCCUCCGAGCCCUUGUCCUCUUGCUCUCCCUCUCCUUCCACUCAGUGUUUGAAGGUCUGGCUGUGGGGCUGCAGCCAACAGUAGCAGCUACCGUGCAACUCUGUCUCGCAGUCCUGGCUCACAAGGGGCUCAUAGUGUUUGGAGUAGGACUGCGGCUGGUGCAGAUAGGCAGUGGCUCGCGAUGGGCCACGCUGUCCAUCCUGUCACUGGCUCUCAUGUCCCCCCUGGGCCUGGUCCUAGGACUGGCUGUGACUCAGGGGGACUCUAAAGGGGGGCGUGGCUUAACCCAGGCUGUGUUAGAAGGUGUGGCAGCCGGCACCUUUCUGUAUGUCACCUUCCUAGAAAUUCUGCCCCGGGAGCUAGCUGGCCCCGAGGCCCCUCUGGCCAAGUGGGGCUGUGUAGCUGCCGGUUUUGCCUUCAUGGCCAUUAUUGCUUUGUGGGCCUGA